UCUGAGCCCAGACCGCCAGAGGUACAUCCGCAUCCGGCUGCCGCAGAGCGACUUCCUCUAGAGGGAGCUGAUUGGAGCCGGCAGGCAGCUCUAUGUUCAGCGGAGCCUCUCAGUCCCCAGGGCUGCCCUGGGACGAGCAGAGGCUGCAUCCAGACUCCAGGAAUUCACUGACACCCAUUCCUGGAAGCAGGCCUGGGCACCUUCGCCUGGGAGCAGCCGCUAGCCCCUCAGGAUCUCCAGUCUCCUCCCAUCCUAGGCCGAGGCUAGGGUCCCGACAGGCUAACACUGCCCUCCACUGGGACCUGAAAAAUGGCAUCUGGGCAAGGACCAGGACCUCCCAGGCAGGGGUGUGAAGAGCCUGCCCCUUCCUCCACUUCGGAGGAGCAGGUAGCCCAGGACACAGAGGAAGUUUUCCGCAGCUACGUUUUUUACCGCCAUCAGCAGGAGCAGGAGGCUGACGGGGCGGUUCUACCCGCCGACCCGGAAAUAGUUGCCUUGUCCCUAGAACCUGCCAGCACCAUGGCGCAGGUGGGACAGAGGCUCGCCAUCAUCGGGGAUGAUAUCAACCAGCGCUAUGACGCAGAGUUCCAGACCAUGUUACAGCACCUGCAGCCAACAGUAGAGAACGCCUAUCAGUAUUUCACCAAGAUCGCCUCCAGCCUGUUUGAGAGUGGCAUCAACUGGGGCCGAGUGGUGGCUCUGCUGGGCUUUGGCUACCGCCUGGCCCUACACGUCUAUCAACGCGGCCUGACUGGCUUCCUGGGCCAGGUGACCCGCUUCGUGGUUGACUUCAUGCUGCAUCACUGCAUUGCCCGGUGGAUCGCACAGAGAGGCGGCUGGGUGGCAGCCCUGGACUUGGGCAACGGCCCCAUCCUGAACGUGCUGAUAGUUUUGGCUGUGGUUCUAUUGGGCCAGUAUGUAGUACGAAGAUUCUUCAAGUCAUGACCCCUGGAGGGACCCUUUGGGGUCCCAGCUGAGACCCCGGCCUGGACUUCAGCCAAGCUUUCUCCCUUCGCUCCUGCCCCUCAGGGGUUCCCCCCACCCCAUCAAGAGUACAGAAGCUUUAGCAAGUGGGCACUCCAGCUUUGAAGGGCCCCUGCCUAGGGGUCAGUCAGGAUACAGGGGUGCCCCAACAUUGCAUGGUGCUAAUGGGCCCCAUCUCUGGGGCUCAGCUCUGUCUGCUGGGCGUUGGGGAGGUUGAUAACUUGGGAGCAAGAGGCUUGGAGUGGCUUCUCCCCAAGAAGUUUUUAACAGUUUUAGCUUUUUAAUAAUACCCUUAGGAGGACCUCCCCACCCCCAUUCCCACCACUCUGCCCGAAGCCAGGACAUCUGGUAUGUGGGGAUUAGUAGGCCCCCACUGAAUCCUGUUCCCCAGGAUUCAGCUGUUCUGGAAGUUCAGAAUUUGAGAGCUGGGCCUGGAGCCCAGUCGUGGCCCUUCCUAAGCUUCAUGUCCCCAAGGAAUAGCACUGGCUGGGGGUGGGGGACAAGGACCUGCUCAGCUGUCCCUGCACCUAUUUCCCCCACCCUAUUUUGCCUUGGCUGUGGACUCUCAGGGAUUCUGGGCCUGGGGUGUGGGGUGAGGGUACAGGCCAGAGCUGUCUGAAUUUCUCCAUCAGGUUCUCCAAACCGGCCUCCUGACAGCCUCGAUUCUCUCCCCUCACCCAUUCAUUACCACUUGCUCCCAACCCAGUCAUCCCUAGUAGAGCCGGCUGCCUGCCCCCGUCACUCCACGUAAGGCAGGCAGAGGGCCUGGGUGAGUGGGGAGCUGAGGCCCGCUCCUGGUGCACACUAGGGUUUAAGAGUGUGGUUCUUAUCAGGGAAACAGGGUAGGGAGCUCAUCUUGAGGUUUCUGAGAGAGAAGGGCUGUGGACCACUAGGAACCUCAGGGUUGGGAUCCUCCCUCAUGGCCUGGGCACAGUGGAAUCUGGGGGUACGGAUGGGGGAACUGUGAAUACUUGAACCUACCCCCCCACCCUCUACACUCCUCAUCUGCCCAAGCCCCUCCUUUGGGUGGGGGUGGGACAGCCUUGUCUGACUUGCACAGCCUAGGCAUUUGGGGAGAGAAGUUAAGCCAAAUGCGGGGAGGGGAUGCAGAUGGAGCCCACUGGCCACCCCCACCCUCUGAGUGUGUCUGAAAAUAAACUGUCAUCCCUGUC